AACAAACAAUUGAAUAGAAUUACAAAAUCAAUUUGGUUCAGCACCUGCGAUUACUUCGUUAUUAUUGAUUAUAGUAAGAAAGUCGAAUCCUGUCUUAUUAUAUAAUCUGAUAUAAACGCCUUAUUAUAGAUGAAAUCACAGCACGAAGUACCUAUUGCUGAUAAUACGAAGAAGAGGCGCAGAGGAGGCCAAAGAAAGAAGACGGUUUUUGCCUCGCCCUUCCCACGGAGUUUCCUGACCCGCUGUAUUAGUUAUACGUGCAAAGAACGUCACACUCCAUGCGACGAGAAGAAACCUGUCUGCGGCAAUUGCGAGCGGCUGAGGUUAUCAUGUCGGCCCUUCGAGCCUAUUAAGCAGUCUGCGUGGUCUGCGCCCGUUGGCACCAAUCAUCUCACCCGUCGUCCUGGGCAGCAUUCUCAGCAGCAGCAGCAGCAGCAGCAGCAGCAGAAUCUCUUCCAGGCAGACGAAGCAGAGGCUAGCUUCCCAGGAACCCUGGACUCGACAGGUGUUCUCUUCACCGCUCACAUGCCAGACCCACCUUGGAACCCCAUCGCCGGAACCUCGCCCUCCCCACCGAAGCAGACGGCCAGCACACCGCACCAGCAGCACCCGCAGCAGGGUGUUGGUGUUGUCGUUGAAGACAGUAAUGGUGGCAACGGUGGCAGUAGUAGUCCUAGCGAGCUUAUUAGUCGUGCUCAAGUGACACUGACUGCGGAGAUGGUACAUUUGCUAACCACCUAUCGGACGAGCGUGGCGACCUGGAUGGAUAUAUUCGAUUACGGCUGCGCGUAUCAGCUUGAGGUCCUGCGCCGCUGUAUGACGUCUAAGCUCCUUAUCCUUAGUGUAUGCGCCUUUACGGCCAAGCAUCUGAGUCUUCUUCCUUCGGGAGAUGUGUGGGUCGCCCCAGCCACUCGCUACUACGGCGAGUCCCUGCGUGGGCUGAUCGGCUCUAUUGGCACCGGUUCGGUCCCCGAGGAUGUCCUCACUGCUACGAUUCUUCUCUGCAGCUACGAGAUCAUUGCGACCCAAGGGGAAGAGCACCAGCGGCACCUCUCUGGCGCGAAGCUUCUGAUCCUGAAUCGGGGCGUCAGUGCCUCAUCGGUUGGCCUGGAUAGAGCCAACUUCUGGAUAUACAUCCGGCACGAGAUCACUGUGGCCCUUUUCAACAAGACCACUCUUCAGAUCAGCCCCAAGGACUGGAGAGUCAAUUGGCGGGAGACGGAGGUCGAGGAGGAUGUCCUGGCGAACCAGCUCCUCUGGCUACUUGGCAGAGCCAUUGAUGUCGUCUUUCGUCAAGAGCAGAGCGUUUUCGCAACAACGACGACAUUGUGCGAUGAGCGGCAAGAAAUUUGUGAUGAAGUCGCAACCUGGUUUCGUUGCUGGUCCCCGUCCGUCAAGGGGUUGAAGUACGGCGAACCGGACGAUCAAGGCUUCGCCAAGUUGUAUUUCCCCAUGCCUUGUGCAGCGGCUGCCAUGAUGUGGUACCAUCUCUUGCAUAUACUUCUCUACGCAGAACCCAGCCUGCAGCAUCCAUCUCAUAUUCCACUUAUUGAGAACCACGCCUUAGAAAUUGGCUGCAUAAUGUUGUCGAAUAUCCCAAACAGCGUUAGGAGCUUUUCCUCUCAAGCCAUAUUCUACGCUGCCAAGCAUAUUACCGGCAUCAGCAGGAAAAUUCGCUUUUGGAAUAUGCUCGAUGAUAUUGAGACUCGUCUCGGCUUCCGCACACGGGAUCAGGUCAAAAAGCUCAAAGAGCUUGUCGAGACCAACAUUUGAGAGUAAAAGCCUU